AUGUUAAUGAUAAUGUCUCUCAUUUUCUUCUCAACUCUUCUACCUUUACUAUUCCAUUCUUCUCAUUGCAUCACCAUUACAGUUGAUGGAUCUUCAGAGUGGAAGAACCCCACCGUUCACAUUGGAGAUUCCAUUAUUUUCAAUCACAAGCAACACUACAAUAUCUACAUUUUCAAGAACCAGAAUGCCUUUGAUCUCUGCAAUUUCACACUAGCCACUCUUCUCACCAACCCCAACAAUGCCUCCUACAUGUGGCAUCCAUCACGCCCUGGUUUCUUCUACUUCAGCUUCGAUGAUGGGUCUCUCAAAGCAUGCCAAGCUUCUCAGAAGCUAGCCAUUGAGGUCACUUCAGCAGUAGUAGCAGCCACACCACAAGCUUCAAUGCCUCCACAACUUUCACCACUGGCUGAUCCACCUCCAUUAUCUGGUGAGGUGUCACCACCUCCUUCCUUUCCAUGGCAUUUUAAUACUCUAAAGGAGGGUUCACCUGGUCCUUCACCUUCAUCAAAUAUGGCAACAGCUCCAUUGGCACCAUAUAAAAGUGGCAGCAUACCCUUCAUCAGCAGUAAUCCUGCAGUGCCUCUUCCCACUGAUGAAGUUGACUCUGCUACUAUACACCCUCUUCCCACCUCUACUGCCCAUGAAGGACAGUUUAGUGGUAAGAAUUCCACGUUGUGGCCGUGGAGACCUGGUCUCGAAUCCCAGCAGCCACAAAAUUAUACGUUCAAGAGUGCAGGAAGAAAAAGCCCUCUAAUUAUUGUCCGAAAGUGUUAUGGCCCAAGGCCCGUGGUUAGGAGAGGUGAAAAAGGAAAAAGCUACGCGUAG